CUUGGAGCCACCACUCUUAGAUCUUCUCCUUUUGAAGUCCUACUAGAGGAGCUCUAGAGGAGCAAACCUCAAAAGAACUUUGGAUGAAGCCAUGUGCUUUGGUGAACUUUUAACUCCUGAUCCCCUAAGGACAUAUUUGCCUUGGUUGGUUUGAGUUCUUUUGCCGCUUGUUAUCGCUUAAAGCCAACUGCCCCCCACACAUUUUGUGUUAAUCGCGGUUCUGGUGCGGUUUUCUGAGGAUCACUCUUUCACUUAUUUUCUUAUGUCCGAUCAACCGUAAUGCUUACCUUACAAGUGGGAAUGGAUUGUACGUCAUUUUGAUCGGCAUCAGGCUUCGAAAAAGUUAGAAUGAGUUCCUUGAUGACGAUGCUCUUCAUCACAGUUCAUCACAUACAUGGUUGUGUCCCUUCUAUUAGUGUAGCCUUUGGCUUGGGGGGAGAGCUACCAGUUUCGGCAAUCGGCAAGCAUCAUUGUGCUUUGCCACGGCACACGGCAUACGGCAUAGCUGCGGCAUCCUGCAAGACCUGCUUCUCUUGCUUACUACUCUGAGUACUGAGUAGCUCAUUACAUAAUAAGAUCCGCAGAACCUUGAAGCAACCGGAUACAAACACUCUCAACGAACCCUGAAGCGUCAAGUGGGGAGCGGUGUAAAGCAGCGCAGCAUUGUACGGCACCUACAGAAGGGCCCACGCUUAUCUUGGUACAGGUACGUAGUGUUACGAACUGCAUGCAUCAUCUUCUAGCUAGUAGUACACGUAGCGAGUCGAGUCAUACGCACCCAUCUACCAUCUACCCUCUGCGAGGUACGCUGUACCAUGGAAUGUCUAUCCAGUAUCCAGCCGCGCAAAGAAGGCAUCUUAGUUUCUCAACAUGUUUGAAUAUGUUGAAGUACAUGUAGGUACUGGCUAGCUAGUAGAAAGCCCGAAGGAUGAAUCAGAAUCGAAUCCGGUCAGUCAUCUCUCUCGAGAGCUUUUUGUUCCUAGCUGGCUAGCGAGGUCGAGGUUGGCCUUCAACUCCGACGGAGCUCUUGGUGGGGUUGAAUGGGUUGUUUAAUAAAUUGAGUUCGCUAUCUAUGAGCCAGCCAGCUUGUCUUCAUCGGUGUGGAUGGAUGGCACCCUCCACCCUUGAUGACUGCUUGCGCACUGCUUGCUUCCACAUGCAUUGCAUUGCAAAGUCAUCUUUCCUGGCGCUACUCCGCGGAGAGAUGACAGAGCUUCUACGAUUGGUUUCAUCCAAUAUUACAGUCCAGUGCUUCUUUAGCGGCUGCUUCGCACCUGCUUGACUUGGCCCAAACCAUUACUCAGUAUUCUAUUAGCUUACGCUUCACUGAUCACGAAGCAUAGCUGUACACAACCCUUGUGCAUGCCAGUGGAUUGAAAGAAUCGAAUCGAGCAGGGCACGCAGUGAAUCAGACCCUCCUCCUGCUACUACUGUGGGUUGCAGGAAUUGCUGUCUCUUCUGUUGCUUCUCAAACUAAGCCAGGAAGAAGUAUUGAUUCCUUAGGUCUCCUCUGUUUUCUCUUAGCCAUCAUUUUGCCCGCUGUCGUUCAUUCCAUCUUCUGGAGGCAACCGCUUGCUUGAAUAGAUGGAGAUGCUCGUUUUCAUCACCAUCGAUUAAAACACACCUUGGUUAUUGGUCUCCAGAAGUAGAUUUGGAUGAAGUACUCGUUGUAGAAGUAGAUGCAAUAUUGUUAAUUUCAAAAGGAGUUCCAUUGAUGGAAGCAUCCAUAUUGGCCACUUCCAGAGACACCAGUUGGACCUGUGUCGGAUCGUCGAUGGGUGCCACUCCAUAGGCCACACCUUGUGCCCAUGCAUUGCCUCCUUCGAUUUGGAACUGCAAUACCAACUGUUUGUAGUCUCUGGUUCCCACCUUGGCAGUACUGGAUUGUGAGGAAUAAACUCCUCCUGUCUCGACGGCUUGUCCCAAUUCCAUGGUGAUGGUGGGAUCGGCACGCAAUGCGAUUUGUGCUUGUUGGAGCACUUGCGUGGCAAAACUCUUGUCGUUGCGAUUGACGGAUGACGCAAAGAGGAACAAUCCUGCUCCUAGAAUGACAGGAAGUGGUUUGGGAGUAAAUGACGGCGGCGGCGGUGGCUCGAAUGCUAUUGUCACGGCUGGGGUGUCAUUAUCGUCUGGGGUGGCUCGACACGGAAAUUGAGAUGCUUGUGGAUUGGUAAUACUACUCGUCUUUGCCACGACAACAGGAUUGGUGAAUGCAUCUGCUGAUGCUAGUAGUAGCAGCCACAGGAAGAGGAAUAGAGCUGCCAUGGCCGUCGAAGGUUUCAGCUUGGGUUGAUACUGUAGCUAUCUCCAAGUGCUGGUCAGCUAUUUGGAUGCAAGGUUGAACUUCUUUCUCUCCAGGAGGAAAGCCCUGACCAUUUUUUUGCUCGACUCGUAAGCUCUAACCUUAGAUCUGUUGUUAAUUUUUCUGUUUAGGGCUAGAGGUCGUGACUUCAAGCGGGCAACAAAGUGACUGCGCCUUCUAAAAUUUCUAAGCGACAUUGCACAUGGUGUUGUGUUGACACUGCUGCUGUGCCUUGUUGUUCCUCUUGUUGUGGCGACGGUACCACCGUAGCAUCUGAGAUCGACAAGCGACAAGCAAGUUAACAAGCUACAAGAGCGUGGAUUUGGUUCCUCUGGAGACGACCUUGAGAACGAGGUUAACAAAGUUUCCCAGGAAGACUCUCAGUCUUGCCUUAUUUCUGGAAUACAGCGUGACACGCUGGUAGCCACGGUCCUCUACAAGACUUGAGUCUAUCUAUCUGUUUGUUAUACAACUACGACGGCUGUAGUCGAGAAGAAGAAGCAGCACGAUGUCGUCUGAAUUUCGAUCUGAUGAAAACAUGGAAGAAUGGGCGGGUAACGACCAAGGCCAAGGUCACUUCGUGGACAGUUCGUCUCGAUCUCACCACUCGCUUCACCGCAACAGCAACCCCAACUUGGGCGGCAGUGGCAUUGAGGCGUUUGGUCAUGGUUCCUUUACGGACAUUGGAGCUGCUGGUGGAGUGGAAGAAGACGAAGGUCCCGCUCGCUUGUUUAGUAUUCUAGAAGAAGCCGUGCCGCGUCCCAACGAAGAAACCGAUCUCAAUCAUCGCCGUGAAUUGGUCGAACAGACGUGGGAUCUCGUGCGACGAUGGCUCUGGACGCAUCAAGACGCCGAAGAACGCUGCUCCGCCGCAUAUAUCCGAGGACAAGCCAAUGCCACUCCCUUGCAUCUCAUGUGCAAAUUGAACAAUCCACCCUCCGAUCUUAUUCAAGACAUUGUCGACGCGGCUCCCGACGUGGCGGGAUGGACCGAUUCGCAUGGGUGGUUGCCGCUCCAUCACGCUUGUGCCAAUGGAGCAUCUCCCGAUGUACUUCGAAUUCUCAUUGAUGCCUAUCCCGAUGGAAAAAUCACACAGGACAGUCUCAAUCGCACCCCGCUCCAUUUUUACGCCACACGAAACUCUGACAAUUUGGCUUCCAUGGUCGAAAAUGUGGAAUUACUCUGUGACAGCGGAGCGGCAGAGUUGACCGAUAAAGGAGGCAUGUUGCCCAUGCACUACGCAUGUGCCUACGGUACUUCCGAUGUCGUACUCAAAGUACUCGCCGAUGCCUACCCCGAUAGUUUGACCGCGCGUGAACAAAAGGGACGUACGCCCAUGCACUUGGCCAUGGUCAAUGCUCAUCGUGAUGCCAGUCCGGGGGUCAUUCGAUUCUUGUUGGAAGGAGAAGGAUCGCAAACCGUCAAUCGUCGUGAUCACGAUGGAUUUCUGCCCCUACACUUGCUCGCAAAGGGACUCGAAAACUACAGAGCCGACGGAAGCAUGCAACGCAACAAUGUCAGUGAAUGCUUGGAAAUGUACCUCAGUGCCGGACCGACUCCCGAUGCCGAUUUCUUGACGGCUCUCCAAGAUUUGCCCGAUUGGCUACAGGAUACUGCCGUCAUCAAUCCGCAUGUACGCAAUAUCCUCAAUCAAAAAAUUAUUCAACGAUUCCCGACGUCCAUUCUGAUGCUAGAUGGAUACGCUCUCUUCUUUCUCAUUGUCGCAUUUGAAUUCGCCUCCAAAAAUCACAUUGAACUGCGAUUCUAUAACGACAGAGAUCCGGGCGAAGAGCGACCGGGGUGGCCCGUCACAAACGAAACCAGCGUGGCAAUCAUCGUCUUAUUCGCCGGAGCAACCUACUUUUUGGGACGCGAAUUGGUACAGAUCAUCUCCUUGAUUAGUUUGGGUGGACUCAAGACAUGGUUCACUGAUGCCACGAAUUAUCUCGAUAUGGCGGUCAUUAUAUCGGUCUACUACAAUACCAUUCUCAUGGUAAACCCAGGAUUUGGUGAUGCCAGUGGUUUCAGAGCUUCUUGUGCAUUCACCAAGGGAAUUCUCUGGGCGGCCGUCAUUUAUUUCUUGAAGAGUACCAACGUCCAAUUCGCCGUGUUUGUCGGUGGAGUCUACUUUGUCAUCAAUCGCCUUAUUGCCUUUCUCUUGGCCGUGGGUAUCAUGUUGCUGGCGUUUGCGCAAAUGUUCUUUAUCGUCUACCUGGAAGAUCCCAUUUGUACCGGUUACACGAACAACGUGACCACGUCCACCACAGGGGAAAACCUGACGAUGGCACCUACGAUGACGCUCGACGGGGAAGUGUACGCGGAAGAUCCCUCCGAUUGCCAACAAUUCCCUCAUUGCAUGUUUUGGUUCUCCUUGUUGAAAGUGUACACCAUGAUGAUGGGAGAAAUUGGAACGGAGACUCGUUAUUAUGACCGUCUGGUGGCGCAGCUCUUGUAUCUGCUUUAUGCCUUUGUGGUGGUGAUUCUGUUGAGUAAUAUGUUGAUUGCUAUCGUGACAGAUUUGUACGAAGUGAUUCAGCACGAUCGUGCCGCGAUUGUGUUUUGGUCGAAUCGAUUGGAUUUCGUGGCCGAGAUGGACGCCAUUUCAUAUGGUACCCGAAAGAGGAUUCGGUCCUGCUUUGGCGAAAAGGGUGGCGGCGGAUUGGCUCCGGGAGCUCCAAGUGAAGUCGUGGAGCUUCCCAAUGGAGCGCCCCAGUUGUCUGCAAAAGACAACCCGGACGAGGAUGACAAUGCGGCGGGCACAAAGUACUUUCGGGAAGGUUGGAAGCAGCUUAUGAUGCUGUUUGAUUCCAAUCUCUACGAUGAUAUCGAUUUGACGCCUGGAAACAUUGAGUUUUGGUGUUAUCUGUGUUUUCAGAUUCUUGCCGUGAUCUUUUUCAUCCCCUUGUGGCUCAUGGCCGGUGUUGCUACGGCGGGUUGGCUGUGGCCUCCGCAGGUUCGAGAGUACCUCUUUGUUCAGAAAGAAACCGCCAUUUCGCGAGCCGAGUUGGAGCACAAAAAGUUGGAACAAUUGAAGCAGAUUUCUGGAGAACUCAAGUCGUUCAAGGCGGAUCUUGGACGGGAGAUGCAGUCGGAUCGUGAUGAUAUGGUUCGUUUGAAAUUGGAAGUGGAAGCGGUGCAGAGUGAAGUACUCUCGGAUUUGAUGCAGGUCAAGGAGCUGAUGCAGACUCUGUUGGACUUGGGUGGUGGAGGCAGCCUUUUGAGCUCGGGACCUCCUGGCGGUUCACACAUUCAACCAGGCGCCCGGCGCAUGUAGGCACAGUGGGGGUUUGUGUGUUGGAGGUCGGGUAUUCUGUAUGUAAUCCCUAUUGCAGUUCUACCAUGGAGGGGGGUUGGUCGAAGGUUGACCCACGCCACGCCACCACGGAAGCUUUUCUGUUGUUCUCUUUUCUUUCUCUCUAGCCGGUCCUGGAUUCACCGAGAACGAACGGAAGCACUAGAGUAAUUCAUAUCAAUUUCGUGAUGUAUACAAUUGUUUCGUUUUCGCAGUUCCCCCCAGGUAGGUGCGGCAGCGCCUUGACUUCAGCUCCAGCCGGCACAGACAAGGGAUU